UUGGAUGAUUGAAAAAUAUAAGAAGACUGGUGCCGCAAUAAUUUUUCCACUCUCUCCCUCUUUCUUCCUUCCAGCUCACUGCAGCUGUCCAGCUUGGCUACUCGUCAAUUGCCACGCUCACGUAUGCGCUUAUUUUAUCUAUAUAAAGUCACUCCACUUCCCAUAUUAAAUAAACUCCACUUUGCUGCUUCAAAUAUAUCUGAUCCACACAUUUUGUGCCCCAAAAGCAAAUUUAACUGCUUCUCAUCACUCCACUCCAACUCUCAUCCAAACACUUGAAACUAUCAUACUACAACUACUAGUACAUAACCACUGAUAUUAUUGUAGUAUAUGGAUUUCAACAAAGAAACGAAUGUGAUUUCUUACUAUUCUGACCCACUUCCUAGUGAGUCAGUUUUCUCGUCCAAAGCCGUCGGGGAAUGUUCAUCGGCGUCAGAUAUCGGCAGCAGUGGUGCUCGGCCAGCUUCUAUCUGUUCUGACGACGAGGUUUUGUUGGCUUCAAGACAUCCGAAGAAGAAAGGAGGGAGGAAGAAAGUGAGGGAGACUCGGCACCCAGUGUACCGAGGUGUGAGGUGGAGGAACUCCCACACGUGGGUCUGCGAAGUGCGCGAGCCCAAUAAGAAGACGAGGAUAUGGCUUGGUACAUUUCCAACGGCGGAAAUGGCUGCGAGAGCUCACGACGUUGCGGCCAUUGCUUUGAGAGGUCGGACGGCAUGUGUGAAUUUCGCUGACUCGGUUUGGAGGCUGCCCAUUCCGGCUUCAUUGGAUCCCAAGGAUAUUCAGAAAGCAGCAGCGGAGGGUGCAGAAGCGUUUCGGCCAGCGUUGGAGGAGGACAACGAUGUCUCGGGUGACGUGGCAAAGCCAGAUGAGGAGGAGGAGGCGUCGGCGAAUGCAACGACAAUGCCGGAGAAAAUGUUUUACAUGGACGAGGAGGCGGUUUUCGGGAUGCCGGGACUGCUUGCAAGCAUGGCAGAAGGGUUGAUGCUACCUCCUCCACCACACUCUGGGGGUGGAGAUGGUGAUGACGUGGAAGUUGAUGCUGACGUGUCACUCUGGAGCUACUCAAUUUAAUAUCUAACUUUGUUUUGGUUUUUCACCGGUCAGAGUGUGAGAUAUUUUUUUCAAACUAGAUAUUUCUUAAAACAGUACUAUUAAUUUUCUGCAAGUAGGGAAAUUAUAAGUAUAUGAAAAAAAAUAUAAAGAAAUGGGGAAAAGACAAAAACAGAGAGAUUCUUCAUAAGGCUACUUUUAAUUUUUUGUUGCAAGUACGGAAAUGGCAAGUAUAUUGGGAAACAAAUCGAAAAAGACAAAAAAAAGAUGUGUGCUCUGAUAUAGUAAGUAUAAUAUCAUCCACAGAGAUCUAUGAGCGCAGUGUGUAGUGUGUAAAAGUAGUAAAUAAAUAAAAUAGAUAUUUGUUAUCAUAAAGUGGAAGUGGUGGUUAAACAAA